CUGUGGUGAGACUGUGACCACUUUCUCCUCCUGUGAACCCAGUCUCCAGCUCAAUGAUAGGACACGAGCAGCACGGCACCGCCAAGUCGCCGAUGCAGAGCAUGUCCACUGUAUUUAAAGGCCAAAGGCCAGACACAAGUCUGUGUGAGUUAGGAGAGCAGCAGAGAAAGAAGCAUUUUGUACCUAAUCGUUGGCAGUUUUGAAAUGAAGCCAUACCAUAAGGAAUCAAUGAGGCACUCCUGAAACAACAAGGAUAUUAAACUUGGAGUACACAGCCUGACUCACUCCGUCCUGAACUCCGUUACAUUGAUUCAAGCUGGUUUUGGCCUCUCAAAAUGGUGCUGAGUUGAAGUAAGAUGGCCACGGACAGAAUGGCGACUCCUCAGAGCAGCUCCAGACAGAGCAGCUCGCUCUCUUCAUCCCCGAUGAGUACCCGCAUGCAGUCUCUCCAGGUUGACUCGGUCCAGCGCUGGAUGGAGGACCUCCGGCACAUGACAGAGGUAGAGUGUAUGUGUGUCCUCCAGGCCAAACCCAUCGGGGUGGAGGAGGACGGCCAGCAGGGAGAGCUGAUUGUGACCUCCGGGGUCGGUGCAGGGGACCACGUGGCCAGGAACAACCUGCAGACGCUGCUCCGCCGAGCGCUGGUGGUCAGCACGGAGCUCGGCAAGAUGUUCCAGCGACUAGAGAAGGGACGCUGGCAGAGGGUCCACAGCACCGCCGUGAGGGCAAACUGCCACGUGCGCUCACUGGUGCACGAGUAUGGCGCCGCCCGAAGCACACCGCCUGAGAUGCAGAAGUAUGAGAAAUCUCUGCUGGAAAAGUGUAUGGAGCUGACCAAUAUUACAGAGAGGUGCCUUCACACUGAUGAUGAGUUCUUUCUGAAGUCCAUGAGGGAGGCCAUCCAUGAGAUCCUUACAGAUGUCAGUGAUUCCUUCAGCAACAUGAUUGACAUGGCAUUAGCCAAUGAGAUCCGGCUCCUGAUCAAACAGAUUGACUCAUCGGACAGCGUUCACACCAUCGGCAGUGCCAUCAGCAACCUGCUGUCCCUCACCCAGGACGGACCUCAGCUCUGCAGCAUCAUUGCCAAGGAAGGAGCUGUGGUAGCCCUGUUUAAGAUCUGCAGGCAGGACCGCUUCAGGGAGCUCUACGCUCACGCUCUGAGAACAGUGGCCUCCAUCUGCUGUGUGGAAGAAGGCAUCAACCAACUGGACAAGGUGGAUGGGAUCCUGUGUCUGGCUGACAUCUUGACUGAUGAGAGCAGCGUGGAAGCAGCCAGGGCCGAGGCAGCGGCGGUCGUGGCUCAGAUCACCUCACCUCACCACACGUCCACACAGCACCUCGCCAGCUUCCUGGAGAGCAUGCACGACAUCGUCACGGCGCUCAUCAAGUUGUGCGAGAGCGCCUCAUGUGGUGAAGUAUUCCUCCUGGCGUCUGCAGCCUUGGCCAAUAUCACCUUCUUCGACAGCAUGGCCUGUGAGAUUCUCCUGCAGCUUAACGCCAUCCACAUCCUGCUGCAGGCCUGCAGAGACCGCCAGAGAGUUGACACACCCUACUCCAAAGACCAGGUGGUGACAAUCUUGGCAAACCUGUCGGUCUUAGAGCAGUGUGCUUCUGAAGUCCUGCAAGACCAAGGAAUAGAGCGACUGCUGCUGCUGCUGGGAGAAAAGCCAUCCUCCGGGAGUCCAUCAGAGGGCGCUGCCUGCGAGCGUGUUCAGCAGAAAGCUGCAGUCACUCUGGCCCGUCUGAGCAGAGAACCUGAUGUGGCCCAAACAGCCAUCCAGCUGAAAGCUGUUCCUCGUCUUAUUGAACUGUGUCGCUCCCCUACUGAGAGAAAUAACAGUGACUCAGUGCUGGUCGCAUGCCUGGCUGCCUUGAGGAGGCUGGCAGCAGGGUGUCCAGACAGCAUAGAGGCAGCCGACCACCAGCAGCUGAUCAAACCGCGGCUAGUCGACUCUUUCCUGCUGUGUUCCAACAUGGAGGAGAGCUUUGUAUGACAGCCUGCACAGCGAACACAGCUACUGGAGAGCUGAACUCAUGUACAAUAUCAUGUACAUGUACCACUGCGUGACACAGAGAGGACUAAUGAGCAGCUUCACUCCAGAACAUUGCAUCUAUUUCCUGACUGGAGCUUUGGUUUGUCACUUUGUGUGUCUUGAGAAGAUUUGUCAUACUGGACAUCGAGAAUUUGGGCAAAUGGAGUGAGACUGCAGCUGUAUGGUGUCAGUUUGAAUGGAUGCAGAAGACAUCUGUAUGUAAAUGUACAUAAAUGGGUUGCCUAGUGCAACUCAGUGACCACAUUAAAUGCAAUGAAUGUGUACAAUGUUCUAAAAAAAAAGUAAUUUGUUUAUUUUAUUCCGCUGGGGAUUUCAUAUCAGUAAUUUUAUCAGUACUUAUUUUCUACGAUAGGGUGCUCCAUUUUGAAAAUGAAAGAACCGGUUCUGGAUUAAAACACUUUUUACUUUAUGUCGCCACUGUGCAAUUUAUUUGUGCAAUGUCUGAAGAUAUUGUAUCCAAAUCGUGUUGGCAAUCUGAGAACAGAGAAAUAUCCAUUGAGCGCAUAUUUUAUCUAAAAUGUCUCCGACACAAAUGAUCAUCUAAAGCAUUUAGCAUUUGUAGUACCGAGAUGUUUGUCUGGUGAAAUUGUUUAAUUGUUCGUAAAUUUUUUUGUGCCUUUUUUUUUUUUUUUUAUUAUCAGCCACUUUAUUUUGACCAUUUACAACUAAAUUAUUACAGUUAGAUUAACUAUUACAUAUUUUCAGUUUGUUCUUUGAGUACCUUAAUUGACAGGGCACUAUUAGUAUUUAAAGACUUGACUGAGACGUGGCAACAUGAUCUAUUUUUCCUGGUGUACAAUAUAUUGUUUGUUAAAGCUCAUUGUAUGGCAUGUUGAGUUAUUGUCUUGAACUUAUUUGCCAUUAAUAUCAAAUAUUAUAUUUGCCACUGGAAAGUUAAUGUAUAAAAAUGGUCUUGAAUUUGAAUACAGAAAUACUUUUUAUUUAAAGAGAAUUACCCUUAUUGUAUGCCAUGCAUGGAAUAAAGGCAAUCAUCUGUCUAA